AUGCUUAUGAAUAACUUAUCCAUUUUUGAUACUCAUUGCCAUUUGGCUGAUAAAGAAUACCAGCAACAAAGCCGGACUAUCCGAGAAAUAAUUCAAGCCGCCGCUGCGGUGGGCGUGAAAUGUAUUUUAAAUGUGGGUUACGACAAGUCCAGCAAUCAAAAAAUAAUAGAACAGUCAAAAGAGUUUGCUAACUUGUAUGGAGCCUUGGGUUUACAUCCGAACAGCAACGAGGACUUGACAGAAGAAAAUUUAAAGUUAGCCAAAAAAUACAAUUUACCUGUGUUAUUACACAUCCGCGAGGCUUUUGCUGACGCUUACGAAAUGGUGAAAGAAAGUGGAAUAAAAAAAGGCAUGCUUCAUUGUUUUACUGGUAAUUGGGAAAUAGCCGAAAAAUUCAUUAAUUUAGGUUUUUAUGUUUCUUUUGCGGGCAACAUUACUUAUAAAACUGCUAAAUGGCAAACGAGAUGGGGUGAA